CUCACGAGCCGUAAUGCCCGACCACACAUCGAAGAACCAGAAAGAGCAGUCCUUUAACAUCCUCCCGCACCCUGCUAAGACAAAUGACCCUGCGGACCUCAACCCGCCCCAGCCGGGUGGUGGCUUGAGGAGCGGCGGAGCGACGCAUGCCUUCCACGCUCGCGACCCUCACAUCCCUGCCCCUCAUAUUCGCGACAACAUGCCUGAGCCCAAGAGCCGCGAGGAGCUUCACGCACGCCAGGCCGAGCUGAACCGCAAGUAGACAGCCCGACCCUUUCGUCAAGGGACAGCUGUCCCCUGCUAUGUAUUCCUAGGCUAUACUGCGUUAAUUGUAUCAUGAACCGGUUCUAUCAUUAUGAGAAUCUUAUGCAGCUACGAUUCGGG